UGUUAUCAUAAAAUCGACGUUGUUGAUGUGAUUCUAACGCAAAAACCUCCCAUGACUUGGUCACAAUUAUAAAGUUGAAAAAAGAAAAAUUCAGCGAAAAUGGUUGAUGAGCAGCAGAAGCGGAGCGCGAACUUUUUUUCUCCCUACGACGCCUCUGAUGUGAACUUGGUGGAGACUGCGCAGCAGCUGCGCAACCGCGACUUGAAAAAUGAGCAGGACCAUGCGCAAAUGAGCGGAACUGCACCACAACCACAAUUUUCAACUGCAACACAGCAGGUGCAUUACGUACUGCAGUGCAAUGCUCAUUACCACGUGACCCUCCCGAACACUGCAUCCGCUGGGCCCAGUUACGCCGGCAACUACCAGUCGGCGGGCUCAUUUACGCAGUUGGGGCAAUCUGAGCACGCUUUUGUCGGGCAUCCAGACACCGUAUACGGAUCGGACUACACCUGGUAUCAGGAAGUUCCGCUGGAAACCGCCUGGGAUGGUUUGCAAAGUGCUGGCAUGUCUGCUUCCGCUGGCGGGACGGAAGUUCAUCCGGUAGAAAAGACCAACGGAGCCGACGAAGAUGGUGGCGGGGAUGAGUGCGUCACGCUGUUGAAGGAGAAGCACGGAGACGGAUCCGGAAAACAAGCUGCGCAAGGAGAAUCGGUCACCGAAGAUGAAGGUGAACCGCAGGACGCCAUCCAAGAAUCGCUGCUCCAGUUAUUUGGCAGCGCACCUGCAACCGGUUCUGCGACUUCGUCUAGUGUGCUGCCCUCGGUGGAGCAAGAAUCAGCGGUCGUGCCAGAAGAAGAUGAAAUCGAGAAGCUGCGAGAGUGCGUGAAAGCCGCAGAACGUUCACUAGCUGAGGUGCGAGCGGAGAAAAGGAAGCUGAGGCGAGAAAACAAGGAUUUGCGGGAAGAGGUCGAGGCGGAAAAACAAGCUAGGCAGGAAAGUCGGAGAAAGGUUGAGAAGCUGCAAAAGGAGAACGACCGCCUCCAGGAGAAGGUCGUUGUUUUAAAGGAAAAAGUAGUUCUGUCCGAACUUGAGGAGGACGCAGAGACGCGAAGGAUGCUUGACGCACAUGACAAGGAGGCGCGCGCACUAGAAGCGGAGUUGCAGGAAGUGAGGCAGCAGAAGGAGCGUGUACAGUUUCAAAGCGACCUGUGUGCGAUGCAAGAACGGGCCGAAGCGGCUGAAAGAAAGCUGGCUGAAGCGUCGGCGUUCAGUUUCGAUAAAGGUUUCAAGAAAGGUAAGGGCUGCGGCAAGUUUCCGCCACCUGGUGCUUUUGCUAAAUACGAAAAGGGAUGGAAGUUUCAUGCCUACGCCGGUGGACCAAAGGAACAGGGAAAGUGGAACGGAAAGGAUUUUGCAAAAGGCAAGGCGCAUGCCUAUCCUCCUGCUGCGUGCCCACCACCUCCGCCCGCCGUUCAGCAGUACACUGGCCAGAACAGGAUGAUCUGCUUCGAGCGCGUUCCCCCCAACAUAGCAGAAGAAGAGCUGAAAAAAGUAUUUAGUGAGGUUGGACCCAUCACGACGCUGGCCAUCGCCGACGACGGGUCUCGGCUGAUUGCGUGGAUAGUUUUCGACGACAAGAAGGACGCAGCUGAGGCAGAGCACCGAUUUAACGGAGGGUCGAUAAAUGAUAUCACAAUUAAGAUGACGAUUCUGUAGUGCAAGACUGAUAAUCCUGGAAUUCACUUCUGGAAACUUCAAGUGAGCAUGAAGUAGUCGUAUGUGAUUAUAUCCGACGACUUGAAUACCAGCAGCAUCAAACGUAGUGGGACAAACCAUUGAGGUAUUCAUAUGUGGUAGCCGUACUGAAAUUUUCCCCAUUUGUUGAACUUCACCGACCAUGUUGCGACGCACGCGC